GAAACCAGAAACAAAUACCGAUGAAAAUGUCGAAAUUUUAAAUAAUAGUGAUAACAAAGAACUAAUGAUAACCGAUAUCAUUGGUAAUAAUUAUGAAUUCCCGAUUCGAAAAACACAGUCUAGCGAAGAUGAAAACAUGGACCUGAAUGAAAAUAUAACCUACAUGAAAGUAAACUCGUCUUUAUAUAAUUUGCCUGAUAAAAAUGAUAUACAGGUAUUAGACAAUAACAAUAUUUUACAAACUGAUCCAAUUAUUAACGAUAUUUUACAUAACGAAAAAGAGAUCAAAAGUGAAUCUUCAAAAAUAAUCCUCGGAGAUGGUUAUCGUGAAAAGCCAGAAGUAAAUAAUGAUGAUGAAAUAAUAACAUUUAUUCAAUCUCAUGAUCAGUUUGAAUAUAAUUAUAUAAAGGAAAUAGAACAUCAAGAUAAUUCAAAGGAAAUAGAACAUCAAGACAAUUCAAAGAAAAUAGGCGAUGGAAUUAAUAGUAAAUACGUAAACGACUCUAGCUUCAGCCCAGAAAUUGAAAACACGUUGAUUGAAAAUGAAGAUUCUAACUAUUUAGUCCUUGAUACUGCGGGCAGCGAUAGAUGGGAUAAUUUAAAUUCUCAGCAAGAACAAAAUCAAGUUCCAAUCAAAAACACAGCAGGUGAUAGUGGAGCUUUAGAUAAUAUUGGUGUUGAACAUACGUUAUUUAUUAAAAACAAUGACAAUGACAUUAGCCUGAAGCCGGAAUACGAAAAUAUUUCACUUCAUAAUGAAGAAUCUCCUUCUUUAAGCAUUAAUUCGCAAAAUGUAGAGAGACUUGAUAAUUUAAUUUCUCAUGAAGAGCAAAAUCAAGUGUCUACUAAAAAUCAAAUUAGUGAUGAGAUUGCUAGAGAUAUGGACAUUAAACAUAAUCUUUUGGACAGUAAACGAACAUUUGAUUUAAGUGGAAUUAAAGAAGAAGAUUUUACUGGCAAAAAUAUACGUAGUAACAAUGACGUUAAAGAUCAAACUCAAGACCCAUAUAAUCAAUUUGUAAAAUUUCAAUCAAGAUCUCAUUCAAAACCUAUUAGUGAAAUAAACGUACAAAACAGUACUUUUUCAUUUUCGCAACGCGAUUCAAAAGUAAAACCAGACGUCAUAAAUAUGGACCUCGCAUUUCACUUGUAUGUAAAUGAUCAAAACCAGAGUGUCAUAAAAUCACUAGAUACCUUGAAAGAUAUCAAAAGACAACCGCAAGACAAUGUUACAAUUAUCAAAUCUCAAUUUAAAAUGUUCCCCAAAAAUGUGGUCAAAGUUCCAAUUGACGCCCAUAAGUACAUGAUGGUUCAAGUUGUAGCAAGUGAUCUUCAAAAGCCUUCUUCAUGUCCUAAACCUGAAGAAAAUUUAUCGAGUGUACCUGAAACAGAUGUAACACAAACAAAAAAACAAUCACAACUUUGUGAAAAGCGUGAACUCGAAACGUUUCAAACCCUUCUGUCAAAGAUUUACGAAAAGCAAUUAAUUCCACUGCAACGUCUAAUUUCUGAUGUAAAAAAAGAUGUAGAUGUAUUAGCGUCUCAACAACUCUGGUUGAAGGAAAAUUGGCACAGAACAAAAAGAAACAACCCUAAACUUACACAUUCUAGCAGAAAAUGCGGCUGUUACAAAAAAUGCUAAAGGAAUUGGAGUAAAACGUUAGAAUGCACUUGAUCUGUGUUCUGUACCUUGAUUGAUAAGAAUGAUUCCGUGCCACGCCACGCAAGAGGUCUUUGAAAUAGUUGAUUCCUACUGACCCAGUAUAACAGACGC